AUGGCUGAAGAAUUCAACAACGACGUUGAAAUAGUCGAAGACGCCCCCGUCAUCCCUGGCGCCGAUGUCGAGAUGGCCGAGGAGGGUGGUGCCAAUGCUGAGGAACUUCCCUUCGCCGAGGGCGGCGAGAGCGACCCCGUCGAGCCGCGCACCACCUUUGUCAGCUACCUGUCCAGCCCCGUCGUCACUCUCCUGGUCGGUCAGGGCGAUUCAGAAGCUAUUGUCACGGCCCAUCAGGCCCUUUUGGUGCAGAGCCCCUUCUUCAAAGAGGCAUGCGCCCAGUUCAGCGACGAUGGCAGCCCACGUCAAGUCGAGCUCGCCAGCGAAGACCUCGACGCGGUCGGAUGCUUCCUCGAGUUUCUCUACACGGGAGAGUACUUCCCCCGCAAAAUCGCCGGUUCGCGCACCCUCGAGCAGGACCCCUCGACUCCCGAAGUCGACGCGGACGGCACGCAGCUUCUGAAGCACGCGCGCGUCUACACCCUGGCUGAGAAGUUUGGCAUUCCCAGUCUCCGCUCCCUCGCCAGCUCCAAGAUCCACUGCGUAAACUCGACGGCCAAGGGCGAGAUCGCCUACGCCCGCUACGUCUACGCUUACACCGGCAAGGACGACACCACCAUCCGCGCCCCUGUCGCCCAGUUCUGGGCCAUGCGUUCGCAUACUCUCCGCUCCGAGGCCGAGGACGAGUUCCGCUCUUUGUGCUUGGAGUACCCCCAGUUCGGAUACGACGUGCUUACCCGCGUCCUCGACGACAAGCUCAAGAGGGAGAAGAACGACAAGCUGCACCCAUCAUCAUCAUCUACAGGAAGUGCUCGCAAGCGUGCGCGACACAGCCAGAUAUAG